GAUUCUUUAAUUAAAGACCAAAGAGAACUUCAACCACUCGCUCAAUCGUCUGCACAAAAAUAUGCUUCAAUUUCAGAGGAAUCAGAAAUAAGAAAGUUAAACAAUUUGAUGGAGGAGUACUUCUCAAUAUUAAAUGUUGAAGAGGCUAUCAUAAGCUUUAAGGAGUUUAAAUCAGAACAUCAUGCGAAAGCAAUAGAAUUAUUUGCAAAUAAAGCAAUCGAAUCAAAUCAGAAAGAUGUGGAUGAUGUUAUGAAAUUGUUUAAAAAUAUUGCAUCUUCUAAGAUUUGUAAUAAUAAUACUUUUAAAAAUGGUUUUGAAGGAACUAUAAGUUUUUUGAUGGAUAUUGGCGUAGAUAAACCGUUGGCUUAUUCUUUUACUGGACAAUUAUUAUUUAGUGCUGAACUUGAUUUCCAGGAUAUUACAAAACUUCUUAAACCUUUGGAUGAUGACAAGUUAAUAGGAAAAAUAAUAAAAGGA